AGUGGCUGCAGUGAACAAGGUGGGCACUGGUCCCUUCUUGGAGUCGGACAUAUUCGAGAUGCCAGAGGACGAAAGUUGCAAACCGAAAGCCGAAUGGGUCCGCGUAGUGAGUAAAGGAGCCGACAAUUUGACUGUAGAAUGGCUGGUUCCCCAUGACUGUCGCAAAGACCAUGGUCCAAAGAGGGCCCACCAUCUGGCCCUGGACGGUUUCCGGGUCUACAUCAAGGACGCUGCGAAACCCCGGGAGGAGUGGAAACCAGUCGCCGAUCUGGAUCACUACAUGAAUCGUCUCGUUAUCGGCGGUCUGAGUCCCGACAAGAGUUACUACUUCGGUGUGGCCGCAGUCAACCAAUUUGGACCGGGUGAAAUCGACAGUUGCGUCCUGAGUUGGAAGGCACCACUCAGCGAUGGAGGUGCGCCAAUCACCGGCUACCGUAUCUACAAACGAGAAAUGUUCCGGCGCAGCAAGCAAGAAGUUGGCCGCUGCCCGGUACCCCAGGGCAGUGGUCAGCGUCAGUUUGAAUUCAAGGUGCCCUACCUCAUGGAGGGAACAUCCUACGAGUUCCAGGUCGUUGCGGAGAACAAGAACGGUUUCUCCGAACCGCUUGCUACCGCAGUUGAUGUCCAUCCACGCAAAAUGACUGAAGCCCCCGGUGCACCCAGAGGUCCGCUAUACGUUCGUGAGGGUGAGGUCGGGACGGUGGAACUCUCAUGGGCGCCACCCGUCAACACCGGAGGUCUACCAGUGAAGGGUUACAAGCUUGAAGUGCGCGAAGGUCGCGGCUACAUGUGGCGGACCUAUCCCAAUGCAGAAAGUGUUGUGGCUAGCAAGCCCGAGGAACGAGCCAACCCGAGC